CAGGCCGGGCCGGGUCACAUGACGCCGAUGCGAGCGGCGGACACGGAGCUGCGCUCCGCCCGGCCCCGCAUGGCCAACGUCGCCAAGAAGGUGUCGUGGUCCGGCCGCGCCCGCGACGAGCCCGAGACGGAGCCCGAGCCCGAGCCGGGCGAGGCCACCCCGCUGCUCAACGGCGCGGGCCCGGGCCGGCGCUCGCGGCAGUUCACCCACUCCUCUUUUUUACGCAUUGGGCAGCUGAGCAAUGUCGAUCUUGAUGAUGAUGCACAUGAGCUGGAAACAGAGGUCCCUCACCAGUUUCCCAAUGAGAUUCCUCACAACGAGAAACUCCUCUCUCUUAAAUAUGAGAGCCUGGAUUAUGACAACAGUGAAAAUCAGUUGUUUUUGGAAGAGGAAAGGAGAAUAAACCAUGCGGCAUUUCAAACAGUGGAGAUCAAACGCUGGGUCAUCUGUGGCAUGAUUGGGAUUCUCACUGGCCUUGUCGCCUGUUUCAUCGAUAUUGUGGUGGAGAAGCUGGCUGGGCUGAAGUACAAAGUGGUGAAAGACAAUAUUGACAAGUUCACCGAGAAGGGGGGCCUGUCUUUCUCCCUGUUACUCUGGGCGACACUGAACUCCAGCGUGGUGAUGGUUGGCUCCAUCAUUGUUGCUUUCAUAGAGCCUGUAGCAGCUGGCAGUGGGAUUCCCCAGAUCAAGUGUUACCUUAAUGGUGUGAAGAUUCCCCAUGUUGUCCGGCUCAAGACUCUGAUGGUUAAGGUCUGUGGAGUGAUUCUCUCAGUGGUUGGAGGCCUGGCUGUGGGGAAGGAAGGGCCAAUGAUUCACUCUGGAGCAGUCAUUGCAGCUGGGAUCUCACAAGGAAGAUCCACAUCUUUGAAGCGUGACUUCAAGAUCUUUGAAUACUUCCGCAGAGACACAGAGAAAAGGGAUUUUGUCUCGGCUGGAGCUGCUGCUGGUGUUUCGGCUGCUUUUGGUGCCCCUGUUGGGGGAGUUCUCUUCAGCUUGGAAGAAGGAGCUUCCUUCUGGAAUCAGUUCUUGACGUGGAGAAUUUUCUUUGCCUCCAUGAUCUCUACAUUCACACUGAACUCAGUCCUGAGCGUUUACCAUGGCAAUGCCUGGGACCUUUCUAACCCAGGGCUUAUCAACUUCGGCAGGUUUGAUAAUGAGAAAAUGGAAUACACGAUCCAGGAAAUUCCAAUCUUCAUAGUUAUGGGAGUGGUUGGUGGAAUUCUUGGUGCAAUGUUCAAUGCCUUGAAUUACUGGCUCACCAUGUUCCGCAUCAGGUACAUCCACCGCCCAUGCCUGCAAGUGGUUGAGGCCAUGUUGGUGGCAGCAGUGACAGCAGCUGUGGGAUUUGUGAUGAUUUACUGCUCCAGGGACUGCCAGCCCCUCCAAGGAAAUGCUGUGGCCUAUCCCCUUCAGCUCUUCUGUGCCGAUGGCGAGUAUAACUCGAUGGCCACUGCCUUCUUCAACACACCAGAGAAAAGUGUCGUCAGCCUCUUUCAUGAUCCUCCGGGCACUUACAACCCCAUGACCCUAGGGAUGUUCACGCUGAUGUAUUUCUUUCUGGCCUGCUGGACCUAUGGCCUCACGGUGUCUGCAGGAGUCUUCAUCCCAUCUUUGCUGAUUGGUGCUGCGUGGGGGAGGCUGUUUGGCAUUUCAUUGUCCUACUUGACUGGAUCGAUCUGGGCUGACCCUGGAAAAUACGCUCUGAUGGGAGCUGCAGCACAACUGGGUGGGAUAGUGAGGAUGACACUGAGCCUGACGGUCAUCAUGAUGGAAGCAACAAGCAAUGUCACCUAUGGCUUUCCCAUCAUGCUGGUGCUGAUGACAGCUAAAAUUGUUGGGGACUUCUUUGUGGAGGGUCUAUAUGACAUGCACAUCCAGCUGCAGAGCGUUCCUUUCCUGCACUGGGAAGCUCCAGUCACUUCUCAUUCCCUCACAGCCAGGGAGGUGAUGAGCACACCUGUUACCUGUCUUAGAAGGAAGGAGAAGGUGGGAACCAUUGUGGACAUCCUCAGUGAUGCAUCUUCCAAUCACAAUGGCUUCCCUGUGGUAGAGAAUGAAACAGACACCAUGCAGGUGGCUGGACUGAGAGGCCUUAUCCUGCGCUCACAGCUGAUCGUUCUUCUGAAGCACAAGGUCUUUGUGGAAAGAGCCAACCUGAGCCUGGUUCAGCGGAGGCUGAAGCUGAAGGAUUUCCGGGAUGCCUAUCCUCGCUUCCCCCCAAUCCAGUCUAUUCAUGUCUCCCAGGAUGAGCGUGAAUGUAUGAUGGACCUGACUGAGUUCAUGAAUCCAUCACCCUACACGGUGCCCCAGGAGGCGUCUCUUCCGAGAGUGUUCAAGCUGUUUCGGGCCCUGGGCCUGCGGCACUUGGUGGUAGUGGACAAUCGCAAUGAGGUGGUCGGGAUGGUAACCAGGAAGGAUCUCGCUAGAUAUAGACUAGGCAAAGAGGGCCUGGAAGAGCUGUCCCUGGCACAGACGUGACACUCUGGUGGCACUACCCAUUGGAAAUGCUUGCCGGCGUCCUGGUGUCCCCAGUGCUCUGAGAUUGAAGUCCUGUUUCCUUGGAAGUGAUGGAGGGAACCAGUCCCUGCAGGCUGCUGUGUCCAGAGGUUACUUGGCACAGAAACCCAGCCCCUGACUCUCUUGUUCAUAGCUGUAUUCCUGUUUUUUAAUGGUUUUCUUUCCUCUGUGCCUUCUGGGCCUUACUACCCACCGCUGUUCUCUGGUUGCCCCAAGGGAUCAGAUAUCAGUAAGUUACCAUAUGCCUCCUCUGUGCUGAUGUCAGGCUGGAGAACACUGGUGUAUGAGAGAGCCAGGCAGAGCAGCCUAGAGCUUUGGAGAGCACCACUAAGCUAGGGACAGUAACACCCUGCGGCAGCCCAGCCCAUUGCAGCCCCUCUUUGCUGGGCUUUGGAAAGCAAAGCCAGGGUGUUGUGAACCAAUCUGCAGCCUCUGCUGCCUCUGGGUCACCUCUGUGCUGUACCUCUUCUACCCAGGACUUGGCUAUGGGCCUGCUCUGCACUGCCACUGCCAUAUGUCUCCAAGCCAUGACCUUGCAAAGCAGAGCUCCCAAGGUCUGGUUCAGCUGCUGGGCUGCCUUUGAAUCCCAUUGGCUAAGGGAGACACAUCCCUCAAUUUCACAGCCUUAGAUGUCCAGUCAGGCAGGUCACCUGGUCCUUGUUACACAGUACAGGCACCUCAGAACAGGCUGUAUCCAUGUGCUUGUGGGGGGCUAGCCUGGGAAGGCACUUUGCUGGGUCAGCCUCUUCUGUGUCUUGUGGCCAGGAAUCUGCUCUGAUGGCCAAACAGCUGGCACCACCCUGCUGCAGCUGCUCAGGAGCAGCUUGCACAGAGCCACAACUCCUCUCUGCCUGCACUGUGGGGCCUGGCAGGCUGCUGAGCCCCUUCUCCCAUACCUGCUCUUCCCUGUCACUUCACGUGGGUGGCUCACAGAGGGUGCCUGCUGGAAAGCUGAAAGCAGAGGCUGAGCAUCCUUGCACCCAGGGCAGAGGGUGUGGGCAAGUGUGUGGCAAAGACAGUUCCCAGGAAGCAGUAAGGAUACAGUUCUCUUUGGACACAGGGCAGUUGCCCACUGCACAAACUUAGGAGAAAAACCUCGAACACUAGUCAGACACAGAGAGCCGGGGAGCCUCAGCCUGUUCCCCAUGGGUCCUGUGCUCUGAGGGUGGGGGAUGUGGCAUAGAGCUUUGGUCAAGCUCCCUAAGGAGUUUAUGCCAUUGUCUGCAGGAAGCCAGCUCCUGCCAUAAUGCUGCAGGGAAGCAUAGCUCUAGCCCAGUUCAGCUGCCCUGGAGAUGGGCCCCCAUAGGGGAGGGGUAAGGAGGGAGUUACAGGCAGAGGGAGCGGGCUCCUUGGGAACACAGCAACUCCAGUACUCUGUCUCUGCUCUGGGGAAAGUGGCAGCCUCCAGCAUGAGCUUGCUCCCACUUGGAUCUCACUGGUUCUGCUUCAUGCCUGGCUGGGGUGCCCAACUUCUGACAACCUGAUGUCCCUGUGGCCCACAUAGCAAAAGCCAGGGCCUGAAUGCCUCCCACAUAGCAAGAGCCAGGGCCCAGCAGGCAGGGGAGGGGCUGAAACCAGCUGCACUGGGAGAAAUAAAAUUGCUGGAACCAGAGGUUGCAGCUGGACCUGCUGUUCCUCUUAGGACAUGGCCCAGGUGGAGAGCUGAUGGGGCUGAAUGCCCAGCUCCUGGGGCAGCAUGCAGGGAUGGAGAGAUGGUGAGGAUUCCUAGGGACUAGUGUAAAUUCAGUUCUGGCUCAGCUUGGCCACCAUCAGCCAAGGGGAAAGGCCAGGCCAGAGUGUUUCUAGCUGGGCUGCUGCACAGGCCAUGCUGUGUUCCAGGGCUCUGGCGGCUGUGGGUGCAAUGGGUACUGCCAGCAGGGCAGCCUGGCAGUCUGAGCCACCUCCUUCACCCACCCCUACUCAUUGUCUCCCAAGUUCCCUGUGCCCUGGCUCUGCCAGUGGGUUACUCAGCCAGGCCCUCACUGCCUGUGCCAGUGCUGUGGAGGGUAAUGAACUCCAAAAAUGGCCUAACUUGAAUUCUGGAGACUUUGACCUAAAAAUGCCCUUUGUGCAGCCACCAAACCUCCAGGACUUGGCAUCUUUGGCCUUUGCACCUCAAAACAAAGUACAGGCAGCUGCUGAUGGAACUCAUUGCCAAGUGUAUGCAGGGGAGGGGGAAGUACACAAGACCUGGCUUUAGGACUUCAGCCAGGCACCAUCAUCUGGACAGUGUUUUGGGCACAGAGGACACAAUGCCCACUGGUUCCCUUGUGCCCUGGUAGAGCUGUUACAAAUCUGCCCUGAUGGAGAUGUGCUGUUCUGGUAGCUCGCUUGGGGCAGUCUUGGGGGGGGGGGGGGGGGGGGGGGGGGGAGGGGAGAGGGAGGGGAAGGCAAAGCCCAAGGCAGCCUCCAAGUCACCAGAGCCAGGUGCCCAUGUUGCCAUGUGCUUUCUCUGUCCUGCUGGCUGUCUGCACCUAGGAGUUCAGAAACUGUGCGGCCCCUGUGCAUCAUGUGCUAAGGCAGCAGGUCACCCUGUAGGAAGGGCUGAGGGGGGUCCCUCUGGUGACUGAAAUACCAGCCCCAUGUGGGGGUUUGGACUGUUGCUGGUGGACAAGUGUUUUUUAAUUGUGCUAGAGCUGCAGCUGUGCUAACGGCUAUGAUGAUGUGAACCUGGUGGGGAAGAGGUCUGCAUUGUUAAGUCUAGCAGGUUCUUGGGCUCAUGCUCCCUGGGUUGCAGGUGCAAACUGGGCAGCAGCUGAGCACACAUUGUCUCCCCUCUGCUCCAGAUCCUGAGGCUUUCAGCCUGCUGACUUGCAUGUGCAACUGGCUCUUGCACAAAUGUGCAGUGACCUGGAGACGCUUCCUGCGAGCUCCUCAGCUAAGCAUGCUCCUCAGCCAAGCAUGUACCUGCAGCCCCCAAGGCAGGGCUGGGCUCCUCACAAUGGGAGGCAGAGCAGAGUCCUGUGAGGCUGUAGUAUUAAGCCAGGCCCCCACCCAUCCCCUCUUCACUUCAAAUUCUCAUCCUUCAGUAGCUGCAUUUUUAAGUGGUUGCAAAACCCAGACGUCUAUUUUGGAAGCCGUGAGAUUUUCUACGGAGCGUGUGAGACGGGAGAUAUUUUUGUGCUGAAUAAAGCCUGUUUCUACUUUCA